AUGGGUUACGACUUAAAUCCGCGACGGUGUGAUACAGAGCUCAAUCGAGGCGACGAGCGACCAACGAAAGUACACCUUGAACUCCACCCGUCUGAAACGGCAGACGGGGCAGCACUUCCGGUACACGGACAAGGAAUUCCCCGGCAUCGAAGACCCGCCGAUAGAACGCCUGGUGAACAAACGGGUAGCGCCACAAUGGCACAUUUUGCUAGUCGCGACGGAGCCCUCAAGCUCGGUGCCGACAGCCAGAUCAAAGGCGAUCACAUAACGACGCCGUUGAGGGAAUUGCUGAAGCUAAGGGACGGACGGGAGAUAUUGAUACUGAGCGGCGGCCACGGCAACGAGGAGGGCAACAAUUGGGUGGAGGUGACGAACGUACGGAGGCCGUCGGAGCGCAGAACCAUCAGAGCACCUUGGCACUUCGACCCGGACUUCUGGGUUGAUGACGUGCAGCAGUUCAUGGGCCGGAUUGGCGACGAGUUCCAGCCGAUCAGGUCGCGUUUGAAGAUCGUGGACAUCGCCGAAAUGCCGCUGUCAACAUUCCGCGCGAUGCUGCUCGGCGACAGCCAUGUCAUCCUGGGCUUCUGCUUCGGAUGGAACGAUCGCGCCUUCCGCUACUACCUCGGGUUACGCCCCGUCACCUCUAUAGUUAACCCUAAACGCCUC